GUAAAAUUUAUUAAACUUUGAUUUGAAACUACUUGUCAAGGCAAACUGUAAAUAGAAAAAUCGCAAUUCCGGGAUUUUACACUUCAAAGAAAUUAGCUUAUCUUUUAGGACAAAAAAACUUACUUUAGUGGCGAAGAAGGUUUGAUUUUUAAAACUACGUUUGUCAUGAAAUACUGGUAAAGUGGAAGGCAAUAUGAGGUACUGUGCGGCUUUAGUCUUCCUUGUUUGUCUUGCGAAGACAGAGCCAUUUAACCACAUGUAAUGAAAACAUAUUUUUGUGAGACUACCCGUUUUGCCUCAGUAACCGAAUGCAGAAAUGAUAAAGGGCAAUUCAGAACUUCGUUUCAAAUUAAAAUGACUUGAACAGGCGGCGUUUUCACGGGAACCAAGUUCAUGAUUUUAAGCUCUAGCGCCGGAAACAAACUGAAAACGAUACAUGAAAAUUUAAUCAAAUUUGUCCCGAAUUAUUGUUAUUUUUGAACUGCAAUUUAAAGUGGAUGGCCUUUUCAGUACAGGAUCUUUAAGCCGUUCAAUGUCUGAAUAUUUAAAUGUUCAGUAUUUGAUCAGGGUUUCAUUUGGCCGAGUACGAGAGGUAAAGGGAACGGCACGCGACAAACCGCCUGUGUCAAAUGUAUUCAGCGUCUAUUCACAAAAGCGAGCUGCCUCGCAACGUUUUUCCCUCCAAAGGCCAUGCGAGUGACAAGCUGUCUCUAUUCUUCUUUAUUGCAUCAUAGCAACUUUACACAACAAAUCCGCUCUCGUAAAAGCUCCAAUUGAUAUGCAAAUCCCGCCCAAGUCGCAAGGACCUCAGGUACUUGAAUGAGUUGUUUUGUUUUCUUUCAUAAUAACAGCAUUAUCGGUCUCCCAGGAGGGAAAGCACCGCUCUACCAUUGGACCGUUUAUCACAACUGUGGUUAUCGAAAUACUUGUGCCUCGUGCCAUUAGAAGAGCAAAUUAACAUCAGUGUUUCCAGUUCACUUCAUUAACGACAAGCCGCCAACAUUGCCUCAUAGCGAUGGAGUACACUGCGGAUCUCAAAAUACUCCGUGCUUUGUUGUUUUGGACUGUCUUGCUCCCUCAUAUCUUCGUUUGUUCAACUAGCUUAGCAGAGGACUGUAUCUGGAGAGGAAGCGGUCUCCCCCGUCAGGAAAAGCCCUCUGUUGUGAGUAUAGAAACAAAGUGUCACCUGGGAGAGCUUCACUGGGCUGAACCAUUUGGCGGCCUGCGAGUCACGUUCAGCCCACGUGAUGUGCACGCCGAUUAUAAACUGUGCUUUACUGCCCGACAUCCUGGCGUCAGGAUUUACCAGGAACAUCUACAGAGCUUGACAUUGCUGACAGGAGCGACUGAAAAUGUGUCAAGAAAUGCAGUUUGUGUAAAGAGCAAAGUAGGGCAGAGUCUGGUGCUGUACUUGGAAACGCAGGAAGACCAAAAAAUGACCCAAUUAAAUUACACGGUGCUUGUAAAUGGAAGAAAGAGGCCAAGAAAUGAAAGACGAAAAGGUAAGAGAAAUAAGGUGAAAUGAAAGUAAACACCGUGUCUAUUUUUGCACUGACAAGUUGCAGACAGCCUCUGCACACGUUUUGUAGCCUUGUAUGAAUUGCCGUACAACCCAUUCUAAGUAAAACGUAACGUGACUAAGUGACAGGACCGUGUCUGUGAAGGAGACUUGACCGGCACUAAUUUUAGGGAGCGCAGUUAUAAAUAACUUUCCAGAAAAGAGAAGAGAAGCCCAAAGGAGCCCCCCUCGGGAAGACACCGGCUCAACUCUCUGGUUACACUGAACUAUGAACUUAAUGACUCUCCAACUUUCACCUGUUCCCCUUAUUACGGUAAUUUC